ACUCGGAGUGCAGGGCAUAUGGACGCACCUUGUCCUGCACCCCAUCUUCCUGACCUGUAACAACCCAACAUGAGCGUGCGCACUAACGACCAGAUUCUUCAUGAUAGAGUCAAUCUACCUCGCUUGGUAAAAAGGCUCGAGAAAUCCGUGUCCGAGGAUGAUUGGUCCGAUAGUUCGCAGCGAGACACCUGGAUCAAAGCCCAAGGCACUCUCCAGCGAAUCCGGCACGCCCGCUUGCUCCUAAAGAACGUCGAGGUUGAUGACCAUGGCACUUCACCAGCCUCAGAACAUCGUUAUCAACGCUUGCGUGCGACGCUCGAUCAAGUCGAAGCGUUUGUAACAGAGGUCGAGCAGAAAGCGGCUCCUCCACUUAAGAGACCAACACCAAUCCUGCCAUCAAUACGUGCCCCCAUGACAAAAGCAGCUGACUUCGAGACCAUACCUGUAGAAGCGACGCUCAUCCCAGCAGAAGAUACAACUCAAAGCGUGCCUAGUGCGGAUGACCUCAUACCAUCUUCGCAGGCGGAGUCUUUACCCUCCGAGCCCCUUGAAGAGCUCUCAGAGCAACUCGCACUAAUGGCGACGCAGCUUCGGCGCAAUGCUACCCACUUUUCUGAGUCCUUGGUUAAAGACAAGAGCGUUGUCGAAGCAAUGCAGGAGAAGCUCGAGGGCAACUUCGACUUCAUGAAGAAGGAACGGAUACGGUUAAGGGACUUCAGGGGAAAGAGUGGAAGUACAACAUGUUUGGUGAUCAUGAGUAUACUUGUCGUACUGGUCGCGUUUAUGCUCAUGGUUCUCGUUAUUCGAGUAACAUAACCAAUCUUACGGGUCGCGUCUUUCUUUCUUACGCAUCAUAGUUUUGUCAUAUGUAUAAUCACCAGUCAGUUGUUCUAACAAA